CGGUGCUCUAAUUACCGAAGUCCGAAGAAGUUGAAGAAUUUUUCAUCUUGAGAUCAUUCUGUAGAGAGAUGGCUUUGAUCCCUCGAAUCUUUGGUCAGAGGAGCAAUGUCUUCGACCCCUUCUCCCUCGACGUGUGGGAUCCCUUUCAGGGCUGGCCUUUCGACACCUCUCGCACCAGCGGUGCUCUCAGCGACACCUCUGCCUUCGCCAACACCCGCAUCGACUGGAAGGAGACGCCCGAGGCGCACGUCUUCAAGGCCGAUCUUCCGGGGUUGAAGAAGGAAGAGGUGAAGGUGGAAGUCGAGGAGGGAAGAGUGCUUCAGAUCAGCGGAGAGCGCAGGAAGGAGCAGGAGGAGAAGAAUGACAAGUGGCAUAGGGUUGAGAGGAGCAGCGGAAAGUUCUUGAGGAGGUUCAGGCUGCCGGAGAAUGCCAAGGUGGAUCAGGUGAAGGCGACGAUGGAGAGCGGUGUGCUCACGGUGACUGUGCCCAAGGAGGAAGUUAAGAAGCCUGAGGUGAAGGCUAUUGAAAUCUCCGUCUAA